GUUGCAUGCAUAGAUAUGACUCUGUGUAUAAUAUAUAUUGCUUUUAUUGUUUGCUCCCCAGAAAUCCUCUGUUACAGUGAUGACACAGCCUUGGCCCACUCGCUAGUUAGGUCACUAUUGGCCACGAAAGAUUUUGAUGAAGUGGAUAUGGCAAAGAGGUUUGCUGAAGAAUAUGACAAGGAUCCUGACCGAUCCUAUGGAGGCGGUGUGGUGACUGUCUUCAAGAAACUGCUUAGUCCUAAAUGCAGAGAUGUGUUUGAGCCAGCUAGGCAGCAGUUUAACGGGAAAGGUUCCUAUGGGAACGGUGGUGCCAUGAGAGUAGCAGGCAUUUCAUUAGCUUACUCUGAUGUUCAAGAUGUAAAGAAGUUUGCUAAACUGAGUGCCGAGCUGACCCACGCAAACUCCUUGGGCUACAACGGCGCCAUCUUGCAAGCCUUGGCGGUCCAUUUUGCCCUCCGCGGGGAGUCAAAUCGGUACAAGUUUUUGGAUCUGCUGAUAGGCCAAAUGGAAGAUGUGGAAGCGGACGAUAAGUCUGUGGCUGAUGCACACAUGCUGGGGUACGAGGAUCGUCCCUUUUCCAAGCGUUUGAAGAAGAUCAAAGAGUUUUUGGAACAGGGUACUGUGUCCAGGUCAGACGUGCUACUAGAAUUAGGCAACGGCAUUGCAGCCCUGCAUUCUGUCCCCACGGCAAUCUACUCUUUCCUGCGCUGCAUGGAAUCUCACCCAGAUGUCCCCGAUAGCUACAACUGUCUGCAACGGACCAUCAUGUACUGCAUCUUGCUGGGCGGGGACACAGACACGAUUGCAACCAUGGCGGGAGCUAUGGCGGGAGCGUUUUACGGGGAAGAGCAGGUGCCCCCAAGUUGGAAAGAGAGCUGCGAAGCCUAUGAGGAGGCAGAGAAGCUGGCUGAUGCCUUGUGUGAACGCUACCACCAGCCAGCUUGAGCCAUUAAUGAAGAUUGGGCAUCCGGUCACCGGGUCUGCAUUUUGGCAUCAUGUUCCUAAGGAUGUGAAUCGUCUCCACCAUAGUAAAGUUUCUCUUCCCACC